AUGGCGCGGAUGUGGUACGUUUUGCUAGCGAGCUGCGUUGCUUGCGUUUUGUUUCCCUCAGUGACCAAUGCAGCCAUUAUACGUCUGAGUUGUGAAGAGAUUGAUGAAAAGUGCCUGUUGAAAAACAUUUUUGCUACUGAAGAUGAUCGCUUUAAAGAAAUACGAAACGAACGGUACCAAAGUGUCAUCGAGUUUUUCGACUGCCACAUUCACACGUUGCCUCCGAUUCCGUACAUUGACAUGGUGAAAGCCGAUGCGAUCAAUCUGGUGCGAAUCGAAGAAAACACCUUCAGCACCAUACGUGUUCUAGAUGUGUCCUACAAUCGGCUUCGUGAGUUUUCACCAAACGCCUUCGAGUACGCGGAAGAGUUACAGCAGCUCAAUCUGAAUGGUAAUCCAACUCUGAAAGAUUUUGCCUUUCUAUCAAAGCUGAGUGGUCUGCGCACUCUGGACAUGGCCGACAUGAAGCUGGAACUGGAGCUCUUGGAUACUGGAAUAUUCUCCGAAAUGACACGCCUAUCGAAUCUCAAUAUGAGCGAUAAUAGAAUUACCUCCAUUCCGGUGGGUAUGUUCGCUCCAUUAGUAGGAUUAAAUUACCUGGACCUGAGCCGAAACUCAAUCGCAAAGAUCGCAUCGGGAACAUUCGCCAUCGCUGUGACGCACGGCUAUGAAGAGCAUGGGCUGUAUCAUCAAUCACUGCAGUUCGAUCUGUCCUACAACAACAUAAGCAUAAUCGAGAACAACGCUUUUAUGCACGCUUCCAAAAUUAAUCUACGAAACAACAAGCUCAUCGGCAUUGGUCAGUAUGCGUUCGACAAUCGGACGGCGCUCCAAUCGCUGGACCUGUCCGGUAAUGUUCAGUUGAGAAACUUUGACUUCCUGCACAACCUUCGCGCACUGCACGAUCUCAAUAUGUCGCGAAUGAAUUUCUCGUUCGAGGGAGUGCCUCGCAACAUCUUUGACGAUCUCGACUCGCUGACAACGCUCGAUCUUUCCUACAACCAUAUAGUUGACAUUCCUAUCGGAAUUUUUGCCGAGCUACAGUCGCUCAACUUUAUUAACCUGCGUCACAACAGCAUCUAUCACAUCGAGUUCGGUACCUUCUCGAUGCGCAAGUACGAUCUAAUCGACGAAAUUGAUCUUUCGUACAACGAGAUCAAGCAGCUCAACUUUCUUGUCUUCGUACCGCUAAAAUAUCUCAAAACGUUGCUUCUGCAUGGGAAUAAAAUCUCGUUCGUCAACGCCAAGCAGCUGACACGCAACAAAAGUCUCUACAACUUUGGCAUCCAGAACAGCAAUGUGCGGUGUUUCGAUCUAAUUGAUUUGUUGGGAACCCUGAAACUUGUACAUGAACCGAACGAAUUUAUUUCCGACCUUCCCAACGUUGACGGUAUCAAAUGUCAACCGUGA